AUGGCUACAAAAAUUGGAAUUAAUGGAUUUGGAAGAAUUGGACGUGUAGUUCUCCGUAUUGCUCAUGAUUAUCCUGAUAUCGAAGUCGUAGCUAUCAAUGAUCCAUUCAUUGACCUUGACUAUAUGGCUUAUUUGUUUAAGUACGAUUCUACAUAUGGACGAUUUAAAGGGAAUGUUGAAGUGAAAAAUGGAGUAUUGAUUAUUAAUGGAAAAGAAAUUAAUGUGUUUGCCAAGAAAAAUCCAGAAGAAAUUCCUUGGAAUCAAGUUGGGGUCAAUAUUGUUGUGGAAUCUAGUGGCGCUUUUACUACCGCUGAAAAAUCUUCUGCGCAUCUUAAAGGGGGUGCUGAAAAGGUUGUUAUAACAUCGCCAGCAGAUUCUCCAAUGUUUGUAGUCGGAGUUAAUACAGAUUUAUAUAAACCAGAAUAUAAAAUUAUUUCUAAUGCAUCAUGUACAACAAACUGUUUAUCACCAUUGGCAAAAGUAAUUCAUGAAAACUUUGGUAUUAUAGAAGGAUUAAUGACGACUGUUCAUGCUACUACAGCAACACAAAAAACUGUUGAUGGACCUUCUGGAAAAGAUUGGAGACGCGGUAGGGGUGCUUCACAAAAUAUCAUACCAAGUUCAACUGGAGCAGCUAAAGCCGUUGGUAGGAUCAUUCCUGAAUUAAAUAAAAAAUUAACUGGAUUGGCUUUUAGAGUACCACCUACUAUUGUUUCUGUUUUAGACCUAACUGUUAGAUUGGAAAAAGAAACUAAUUAUGAAGAAAUUAAAAAAGUUAUUAAACAUGCUUCAGAAAAUGAAUUAAAAGGUAUACUUGGUUAUACCGAAGAUGAAGUCGUUUCUUCAGAUUUUAUUGGUAAUUCUAAUUCUUGUAUUUUUGAUGCUAAUGCUGGAAUUCAAUUGAGUCCUACUUUCGUUAAACUUGUUGCUUGGUAUGAUAAUGAAUAUGGAUACUCUACACGUGUUCUCGAUUUAAUUACUUAUAUUAUAAAAGCAGAUAACGCCGCUUAUUAA